AUCAAGCAUUCUUAUGUAGGCCAACGGGUUGUCAUUCACACACUUCUGAGGUUUUCAGAACAGGAAAAUAGGUGGGGUUAACUCUGCCUGUGAGAAACGUCUUGGGUGAGCUAUGACUUCAGUUGAAAGAUGUGUUUUUGUGACGGGAGUGCCACUGAAGGACUGAAGACUGUUUUGAAUACUCCCUGCAGAAGUGCAGCCAUGAUUCUUUCCACCUAUAAUACCAUCCAGUCUAUUUUCUGUUGCUGCUGUCGCUGUUCCAUGCAGAAGCGACAAGUGAGAACACAAAUAAGCCUGAGUAAAGAAGAAGAACUUUCAGAAAAAUACACUCAGCAUCGCAGGGCAUGGUUCAGAGAACUGCCAAGUAAGAAGCAAUCAAACAGGGGCCAUGUGCAACAAUCAAAACGCAAGCCACUACCUCCCCUCCCACCCUCUGAGUUUGCUGAAGAGAAGAUCCAAGUCAAGGCAUUGUAUGAUUUUCUACCCAGAGAGCCCUGUGAUUUGGCAUUAAAGAGGGCAGAGGAAUACUUGAUAUUGGAGAAGUAUAAUCCUCACUGGUGGAAGGCAAGAGACAGUUUUGGGAAUGAAGGCUUAAUCCCAAGCAACUAUGUGACUGAAAACAAAUUAACCAAUUUAGAAAUAUAUGAGUGGUACCACAGAAACAUUACUAGAAAUCAGGCAGAACAUCUUUUGAGACAAGAGUCUAAAGAAGGUGCUUUUAUUGUCAGAGAUUCAAGACAUCUGGGAUCCUAUACAAUUUCUGUGUUUGUAAGAGCAAGAAGAAGUAUGGAGGCUACCAUCAAACAUUAUCAGAUUAAAAUAAAUGACUCUGGCCAGUGGUAUGUGGCUGAAAGACACUACUUUGCAUCAAUCCCUGAGUUGAUCUGGUAUCACCAACACAAUGCAGCUGGUCUCCUGACCCGUCUCCGCUACCCUGUUGGACUGAUGGGCAGUUGUUUACCAGCCACAGCUGGUUUUAGCUAUGAAAAAUGGGAAAUAGACCCAUCCGAGCUGGCUUUUAUAAAGGAGAUAGGAAGUGGUCAGUUUGGGGUGGUCCAUUUAGGUGAGUGGCGAGCACACGUCCAGGUGGCUAUCAAGGCUGUCAGCGAAGGCUCCAUGUCUGAAGAGGACUUCAUCGGAGAGGCCGAAGUGAUGAUGAAACUGUCUCAUCCUAAACUAGUUCAGCUUUAUGGAGUGUGCACACAGCAGAAGCCCCUUUACAUUGUGACAGAGUUUAUGGAAAAUGGCUGCCUGCUUAACUAUCUCAGAGACAGAAAAGGAAAGCUGAGGAAGGAAAUGCUGCUGAGCAUGUGCCAGGACAUAAGUGAAGGGAUGGAGUAUCUGGAGAGAAACUGCUUUAUUCACAGGGAUUUAGCAGCAAGGAAUUGUUUGGUCAGUUCUACAAGUAUAGUAAAAAUUUCGGACUUUGGGAUGACAAGGUAUGUUUUGGAUGAUGAAUACAUCAGUUCUUCUGGAGCCAAGUUCCCCAUCAAGUGGUCCCCUCCUGAAGUUUUCCAUUUCAGCAAGUACAGCACCAAAUCUGAUGUCUGGUCGUUUGGCGUUUUGAUGUGGGAAGUGUUUACAGAAGGAAAAAUGCCUUUUGAAAAUAAGUCAAAUUUGCAAGUUGUGGAAGCCAUUUCUAAAGGCUUCAGGCUGUACCGCCCUCGGCUGGCACCAAUGUCCAUAUAUGAAGUCAUGUACAGCUGCUGGCAUGAGAAACCUAAUGGUCGCCCUACAUUUGCAGAGCUGCUGCAGGUCCUCACAGAGAUUGCAGAGACCUGGUGACCUGAAUGGAAUGCCAACCCAGAGGAUCUCCUUGCAAAACUGUCGCAAAAGGAAAUCCUGUGUGUGGUCACUGAUGGUGAAUAUCUUCCUUUAGUGUUGCUGACUCUUGAAACAGUGCAAAGAUCACAGGCUUUUUAAACUACUCUGAAAUUUUCAAAUUUAAGAAUAUUCUGACAAUUUUUCCACAUGUGUGUUUGAGAGACACUUUUAAACUCUUGUUCUUCUGGAAUAUUCUUUACAUCCCAUGUGUGAGGAAGGGGAAAUGCACCAUAGCAGUUUUCACUGUAGCUGCAGAUCGCCAGAACAGCCCCGCAAGCCCCCAAGGGCGUGGGAAAACCUGACCCUCUACAGGGCUGAGGAAAUGGCCUUCCUGACAAUGAAUGAUACCCUUUACUUUGGUGGGCCAUGCAUAGAAGAUGAAAAUAAAUUCUGCCAACUCGUGGAAUAAAGGAGCCAUCCUGCUGAAUUUCAUGCUUUUGAGCAGCACAGAUCUUUAUGGAAAAAUGUACCUUUACACACCAAAUGAAUGUGAAUAUUUUGGAACUGUCUUUUAUAAUCUGGUUUUAACCUGUUAAAGGAGAUAAUCAAAGCUCUUCUUUGAACAGGUCCUGG